GCUUAAGGAAGAAAUUGAACGAUAUGAAAAAAUGAUCGGAACAAAAAUAACAUCAUAAGAAUUCCUAAAGAAGAUACUUAAACAACAUGACGACCCGGCUAAAGAAGAAAACAGACAAGAAAAAAAAAGGGGGGGAAAUAAGAAUAUUCCAAAAUAAUUAAUAGUCCAGGAGGCAGUGAAAUUUUUUAGCACUUAUUUUCCCAGUUGGUGUAUAUUAAAUAGUUUCUUCUCUUCCGGACUAUUUUUUUACGUAACUUCAGUACCUAUACUUCUCAUAAGUAGACCUAUUUUUAUCACUGGAAAAACAAAGGGCCAUGCAUUCGUAAGCUGUAACGCAUUUUGCGCCUCAACCCAUCGGAAAACCCCCCCUAAAAAUAUAUGAAUUUUGCUUAGAAUUACUAACCCUACAAUUCUAUCCAUGUUGUCUGACUGGGAAAAUGAGUGCCGAAAAACGUCACUGCCUCCUAGACUAUUACCAAAAUAGUAAAAAUACAUCUGCUCUGGAGUAGAUGCAAUUUGUAAUGAGAAAAUGCUUCCAAUUUGAAGCAAAUACUCUCUUUUAUUCAUAGGAAAAAGAGUAAUUGCUUUUUUCUGGAGCAUUUGCUUCCGACUUUUAAAUAAAAGGUUUUGCUUGAACUUUUAUUCUUACUGGAUGGAGCAUUUGCUUUCGAUUUUACGAGAAAAAGCAAAUGCUCUUUUUCAUUCAUAGGGUAGAAUAUUAUUUUAUUCUUCACACAAAAAUGUUCAAGACAUUCUAAUUUCAGAAGUCAAGCAGGAAAAGGCCAGGAGAACCAUCGAAAGUUAGACGCCAUGGAAGAGAUAGAUUCAGUCAAAAAUAACAAUAAUGAAGAGAGUUACAUAAUGGGAGAGUGUUUAAAAAGAAUUAUCUUUGAAGUACAAGACCAAGACCGAAACGGACAACCUACAAUAAAACCAAGGAGAAAAUCAAACAGCUGAUGCUUGGUAAAGCACGUAGAGCCUAAAUAUCAAAGGAAGAGUGACCAAUAUCAAUAAAACAAUUUGUUUGCCGGAAAUCUCAAAUUUUGAUGUAAAAGGAAUGGAAUAUAAUAUUGAGCUGAUAAAAUAGACGCAGUGGAUCGAACGGGGCAAGUAAAAAGGAUGACUGAAGGUUCUAGAAGAACAAAACUUGGCCAAUUCAUGUUUAGAUUAAAGCGAUGCAUGGUCUGUUCUAAUGAGAAAUUAUUGUCCAUACAGGUACUUGAACUUGUGGACACGCAGAAAUUUCUCUCGGGAUUGGUAUAAGCACUCUGUAGCUCUAUCUUGUAUUUGUGACAGGACAGCUCGCGUUUGUGUUCAAAAUAAAUUUUCUUCAUACCCGUGGGUAGCCCAAUAUAGAACUGGAACACAGGGCUUACAGGCCUUGAGCCUCCCAAAAGAUAAAGAUGUUGCCAAGAUGUUUCUAAUUGUCUUAGAAUGUCGCUGGAAGAUUUAUUUCCUUUCUUUCUUUGAUGUUCUUCAGCUUCACACUUUGAAAUCCCUUUGACAGGCUCAUAGGUGGCUAUGACGUCGCCCCUAUUGAUUUGAAUAGUUUUGUAGCAGAGGUUGGAUAAAAGAAACGUAGAGAUCGAAGAAAAUGCACGGGCAAGUUUUAAGGAAAUCAGAACGAGAAAUUAUUAAAAAACCCAAGUUGUGGCUGAAACUAUAACAUAGAGAACUGAAACAAAAACUCUAAUAACAGCAUCAGGAAUUAAACUGUGCUCAAAUCAAACAGGUUACACUGUUCAGUAGUUUUAUUAUUAUUCAAUAUAAUCUUAUAUUGUUAUAAAAUUGCAUAAUUCGUUGCAUAAAGCAAAAGUAUUGCAUGGAAUUUCCUAAUUGAUACGAACAAUAACAUUAAAGGUGAAUGAAAUACGAUCGUUGCGUGCAUAUUAAAGUGUCUUGCAAUAUUACAAGCAAGAAACCUUCAGAGAUAUUGAUUCAACGAAUUUUUUUUGCGUAAAGAAUUAAUUUCUGAAGAAUAUUUUGGUAGGUAUUAUAAGCACUUUUGAUGGAUGAGGUGUUACUUCUUCCCAACAAAAUUUCUGUGAGGAAUAAUGGGUGCGAAUAAUUCAACAUUUACGAUAUGAUUCGUUUUUUUUUUGCUGAUGACCCGAUAAAAUUACUAUUCCAAUUUCACUUUCAUAACAGUUGAGACGCCAACACAAUAACCGCGUGUAUGAGUAAUCCAAAGCCUUCGAGGCAAUUUCUUCUUUAUUUAUUGCAAACACGCUCUGACUGAAGGUCAUUCCGACAAUUGGGUGAAGAAAGAACUGUGUUGAAUAAGUGCCCAUUAUAAUAUGCUGAUUUUUUUGUACCUAUUGCUAUUGAAGCCAAAGAAAAACCAAAUUAUACAUUUCAACGAAUCAGUCAGAAUGAAAGAAAUCUGAUCAAAAUCGAAGACCAAUUUCUUCGAACUUCUUGAACAUGUAGGUCAAAGACACUUCAUAUACCUUACUUGUUGGGGUUUUUACUACCUAUUGCAUAAUUAUUAACACUUGAGGAAUCACUUAACCUUCUCUGGAGUCAAUAAACCAGUGGCAUUUGACAGUGGAUCAAACUCAGUAGGUUUGUCUUGUAAGUUUACUGUUGUGCUGACAUUUGUCAAACUCAUAAAAAUGUCCGAGAUCGAUUUUGGUCAAACCCCCGAUGAACCGAUUAAAAAGUCUUUUGCGGGCUUUGAUCAAGAAAGUGCAAGGACAAACACUGAUAGUAUAUGGGGAGCUAUCAUGAACAAGUACAAUGAAGACAGAGAAGAAUUGGAACAGUAUAUCAAGAAAAGAGAUAAUACAGAAGAUGAAGCGUCAUUGCACCAUCUUCCAGUGAUUGUUUACCUAAAUAAAGAAGUGUUUCCAGUCUUAUGCGAAGCAUUAAUUGCUAUGCUUGGAAUAGUAACAGACGAAAAUAGUUUUAAUAGACAAAAAAGUGCGUUUCAUGGCAUUGAUUACCUAAGCGAAUAUUUACACAACAAAAAUCCCAAACAUCCAGAUAGAAGGAACAAUUGGACUUACAUAUUUGACAUGGAUUGGGUAAACGAUUAUUUGCAGCAUAAUCCUAGGCCUUACUAUCCAUUUUCUUUGAUUUGGAGCAGGGAAUAUGCAGCCGUUAAAAUACAAUCGUUUCUGAGAGGUUAUUGGGUUAGGCGUAGGGAUGAUGUGCAAGAAGUCAGGACUUUUUGGAAGGACUAUAAACUAUCUAAACAAAAUGAGGCUAUACAAUUAUUCUAACAAAAAAAUAAAGCAUUUUUUUUUCAAAUUGGUGUUGCGUUCAAACUUUUGGGUUUUUCCGUAUAAAUGCAUUCGGCCGAUAGAAGACUUUCCAUUCAUGGGGCAAAACAAACCAAUGACCGAUGUUUAAUCAAAACAAAUUGGCGGUUAUUAAAUAGGUAAUACGUAAUCGCUCCGGUAACCGCCUGCUUAAAAUUUCGUCCACUUUCUCCCGGAUCUCUUGAACUAUAAUAUAUCAGACGCGAACUUGUAAAGACGAUGAUGCCUUCUUGCCUUUGUAGUUGAAAGAAUGAUGAUUGCUAAACUAGGGGGCAAUUAAUUUAGUUUACGAGUUUACGGGGAAAGAGUGUUGAAGUCUGCUUUGAAAGUUCUUAGAAAUGUUCACAGUUAUCUGAGCGUAAAUGAUUGACUAAAUUUGCACAUACGAAAUAUAAAUAGGAGCAAAACUAUGAAUUUUGGGUAUGAAAAACACGGUGAGAAUUGAUCGAUUGAAAAUGUCUUUUUG